AACACCAAACCUCAAAAAAAAUCAACAAUCAACAAAUUCAUUCUCAUCACAACAAACUUCUCUGAAUUUCCUUCUUCUCUUCACACCCAAAAAGUCAAUGGCUUCUUCUUCUUCUUCCCUUUAACACCCCAAAAAAACCCACCAUAAAAAUCCGAACUUUAUCACCAUACAACCUCGUUUCACCUCAAUGGAUCACCGGAGCAACACUCCCUCACUCCUCUUCCUAUUCACCUUGUUGGGUAUCUGCAUCUCGCUCGCUUCAUCGCAGGUUGAAGACGACGUGAGAUGCUUGAAGGGCAUCAAGGACACUGUCAAGGACCCCGGUAAUCGCCUCGAGACGUGGCGGUUCGACAACACCACCGUGGGUUUCAUCUGUGACUUCGUCGGCGUCGACUGCUGGAACCUCCGGGAGAAUCGAGUUCUGGGUUUGCAGCUUCAGGACUUCAAGCUUUCUGGUCAGAUCCCGGAGUCUCUGAAGUACUGUGGGAAGAAUCUGCAGAAACUGGUUCUUGGGUCGAACUCGUUUACCUCGGUGAUUCCAGCUGAGAUCUGUAGUUGGAUGCCGUUUUUGGUAACUAUGGAUUUGUCUGGUAAUGAUCUCUCUGGGCCUAUUCCAUCUACUCUUGUGAAUUGUUCUUAUUUGAAUGAGUUGGUGUUGUCUGAUAAUCAUCUUUCUGGUUCUAUUCCUUAUGAGUUUGGGAGUUUGGGUAGGCUUAAGAGGUUUUCUGUGGCUAAUAAUAAGCUUAGUGGGAGUAUUCCUGAGUUUUUCAGUGGGUUUGAUAAGGAGGAUUUUGCUGGGAAUAGUGGGUUGUGUGGGGGUCCUCUUUCUAAAUGUGGUGGGAUGAGUAAGAAGAAUCUUGCUAUUAUUAUUGCUGCUGGGGUGUUUGGUGCUGCUGCUUCUUUGCUUUUGGCUUUUGGGUUGUGGUGGUGGUAUCAUUUGAGGUUGAGUGGUGGUGGUGGUGGGAGGAGGAAAGGAGGGUAUGAGGUUGGGGGGGUUGAUGAUUGGGCUGUGAGGUUGAGGGGGCAUAAGCUUGCUCAGGUUACUCUUUUUCAGAAGCCGAUUGUGAAGGUGAAGCUUGGGGAUUUGAUGGCUGCGACUAAUAAUUUCAGUGCUGAGAAUGUUCUGAUUGCCACGAGGACAGGGACUACUUACAGGGCUGAUCUUUCGGAUGGCUCCACGCUCGCGGUGAAGCGGCUGAACACGUGUAAGAUUGGGGAGAAGCAGUUUCGGAUGGAGAUGAAUCGGCUAGGCCAAGUUAGGCAUCCGAAUUUGGCGCCUUUGCUGGGGUACUGUGUUGUGGAAGAGGAGAAGCUGCUGGUUUAUAAGCACAUGUCCAACGGGACUCUCUAUUCGUUGCUGCAUAAGAAUAACGAGUUGGAUUGGCCGAUGAGGUUCAGGAUAGGGUUGGGCGCGGCUAGGGGCCUCGCUUGGCUGCACCACGGGUGCCAUCCUCCGAUUAUACAGCAAAAUGUUUGUUCCAAUGUGAUUCUUGUUGAUGAAGAAUUCGAUGCGCGGUUAAUGGACUUUGGACUCGCAAGGCUUAUGACAUCGGACGCUAAUGGUAGUUUUGUGAAUGGGGAUCUAGGGGAGCUCGGGUAUAUCGCUCCGGAAUAUCCAAGUACUCUGGUUGCUUCAUUGAAAGGGGAUGUGUAUGGAUUCGGAGUUUUGCUUUUGGAGUUGGUCACGGGGUGCAAGCCUCUUGAGGUGAGCGCCGCCGACGAGGAAGAAUUUAAGGGUAGCCUAGUGGAUUGGGUGAAUAUGCAUUCUAGUUCCGGUAGACUCAAGGAUUGCAUUGAUAAAGCCAUAUAUGGAAGGGGACAUGAUGAGGAGAUUGUGCAGUUUCUGAAAAUCGCAUCUAAUUGUGUGCUUUCUCGCCCCAAGGAUAGGUGGUCUAUGUACCAGGUUUAUCAUGCGUUGAAGAAUUUAUCGAAAGACCACAGUUUCUCUGAACAUGAUGAUGAAUUUCCCUUGAUCUUUGGUAAGCCAGAAAAUGAACCAGCUUAGCUAUGGAUGGCAGUGUGGAAUAUGUAAAGGUAUUAAUGGUGGGGAUUUUGCAGAUUGAUCCUAAUGUUUAUGGUUUGAGCAUUUCAAUGGGUGACACUAAUCAGGUAUAGUUGUACUUAUAUGGUAUAAUAAACUUUAUGGUAGGUUAUGCAUGCGUUUUAUGAAAAUCUAUUUAUUUCUCUCUGUUGUACGAAGAUGCAACCUCAAAUGUGGUCCAAGAUAUUUGGAGCAUGGUUCGGAUUUGAAUCCUCUAAUAUUAUGUCCUUGAGAAAUUAAGAAAUGGAUGUUACUUGUGCUCUGUGAAGAUAUUUAAUCUUAGAUGAUUAAUUCAUCUAGAUCUUGUUUUUUUGCAAGUUUGAAGCAUUAAGGGCUUUUUGUUG